AUGACACUUACAUCACACCACAUCCAUGUCAUCUCUCUAUUCAGUGCUUUAUGGGUUUAUUUAUGGCAAACCGAUCAUCUCAUACUUGCAUUGAUCACUAUUGUUAUUAUUUCUACCCAAAUUUCACAUGUCUACUACAGACUCCAUAACAAAUUCCCUGCUCAAGGAAUUAAUGAUACUCUUUGGAUACAUGCACCAUUCUCCUUAUAUCAUGCUUGGAUUACAUUCCUCCUUAUGCUUAGUUUAUUUGCUGCCUUUACACCAGAAAAAACUGACGAUGAGGACGACAAACAACCAAAAGUUUAUUUAAAGGUUUUGGUAUUCUUUGCUUUACUCACACUUCAAAUAAUUGCCAGCGGUUACAUUGAAAAAUUCAAAGGUGAUGUCGCUGGUGCACUUGUCAUCGCUGGGGCUUUAUACGGUAUCUUUGCUGCUCAAGAUGAUCCCUUCAUCCAUUGGACAUCUCUUUUCUUUGCUGUUUGUACCUCAAUCCACAUUGUCAAACCAUUUGUCAAAAAGUACUUCUUUGGUUCAUCGGCAGAACAUGCUCCAUUAUUAGAUAAAAAAAUGAGCGAAAAAGAAACAUUUAAAUAUUUGGAAAGUGGUGGAGAUGUAUUACAAAGUGUAGAUUUGUUUGACCUGGUAAAAGAUAUAUUAGCAUUACCUAGAGACGAGAUAAUCAAUAGUGUUAGGACAUCACAAACGAAUUCACAGGCGCUAACUAUUAGGCGUCCAAGUCAACCUUGUAAUUUUAUGCCAAACAAUCAUGAAUCAACUUUAAAAUUGGUGUUACAAGAUCUACAUAAUUUGAUAAAAGAAGCCAAUGCAGUUUACGAACAAAAUCCCUUAAGAAUACAAAGCUUAUGUGAUUCAAUUUUUUCGGAUAAUCUUUAUCGCAAUUUACGAAGAACUGAUCUUUUGAAAAACUUGAAAUAUUUUCUUCCGAUAAUAUUAUAUAUAUGGAAGCCAAAUGAAUUAAAUAUCGAUUACGAGAAUGUAAUCAGGGCUUUGAUACUUGUAGAAACAGGAAAAGAUUUUAUAAUACCUUUGGUAGCAAAUAGUCCACAAAUGUUUCACGAGUUUACAGAUAUUCUUUUGAAACUUCAUAAAUACCUUCCGCAAAAAUUAAAAUAUCGUAUUAGGGAUAUGAUACAUAAUAUGUGUUUACUUACUGAUGAACUUGCAAUUGUAGUCCGUAUGAAGUUAACCGAUCUAAAAAUAUUUCCAGAUCUUGCCUUAAAAUUGACAUUAGACCAAGGAGGUGAUGUUCCAUUAUAUUUGAAUGGUAUUUUAUGUAGAAACCCCAAAUGGCUUCUUACAAAUGAAGUUCAGUAUGAGACGAUAAUGACAAUAAAACAAAGAUUAUUGAUUGUUGUGAGAAAAUUACUUAAUGAUAAAACCACACCACAUUCAAGUCAUCGAACAAGAUUUUGUAUUGUAAUGAGAUGUUUAUGUGGCCUUGUUUGUAUAUUCAAAGUGAGUUUUGAUCAUAAUGAAUUAAUAGAUUGUCUUAAUGUGCUGAGAUUAGAAGAAUUACAAAAGGAAAUGAGGGGCUAUUUUAUAGAUAGUAAAUUGGCGAGAAUUGCAUUAGAAAUUGAGCCGGAUACUUUUGAUGGAUUAGGGUUAUCAAAGGAUUCCCAAUAUAUUUCUUUUAAAUGCUUUUAUACAAUGAUUAAAGGUAGCGUUUUUCAGAUAGGUAAAGUUGAUAUACAGCCAUGGAUAUACAACCAAAUAAUGCAGGCUACUACUCCUAUCCAUUUUCAAUUGGGUCCAUUAAUAAAAGCUUAUGCACAAAGUAUAUUUGAGGGAUAUUUGGGAGAACCGUCACCAAUAACGAAAAUACCCGAAAAUAAAAUUUUUGGAUUUUUUCAAGAUAAUCUUAUUGAAAUCACCGCAGCUCAUGUGUUAUUGUUUUAUUUUGUAUUAGCAUAUAAUAAAGUUGUAAAAGACAUGAAAAUAUCAUGCGGACAACAAUCUAUUACUAUUGAUCCUCAAAAGUCAGCAUAUACACCUCGAUUAACGGAGGCAAUACCUGUAAGAAGAAUUUUAUUUUUGACAGAAAGAUGUGAUAAUGGAGUAGCAUAUCGUAAUAUUUAUCCAGACUUAUUAGUAUAUAUUACUAACUAUUAUCCAGAAAUAUUUGAUAUUGAAAGUCUUUUAAUGGAUGAAGAUCGUCGUCGUCAUGAAAGUGAAGUUUAUGAAUUAUUGGAAAUUGCUGUUUUAAAUUUUCAUAACACUGUUGAAAAAACUGUAUCAGCCUUAAAAUGUUUAGAAACAAUUCCACCUGAGGAUCUGUAUUCAAUAUCAGAACCAUUCUUAUUAUAUUUUCUUCCUAAAGCACUUGAAUCAAAUGUAGAUGUUCGUAUUUUAGAAUCAAUUCAACAAAUUUGGCUAUCACUCUAUAGUAUAAAUCCUCACGAAAUUACUUUAUUAUUUAUUAAUGCUACACGUGGUGAAGAUGAUCAAAACAUUAGAUAUAUGGAGAGAGAUAUUAUGUUGGAUCCAUCGAUUGAUGCACAUUCAACACAAAAAUUGGAAUAUUUAAUUAAUAUUCAAGAGACCAUGUAUUUAAACAUGUUAUUAGAGAUAUGUAUAAGAAAUAAGAAUGAAGAUGAUAAAAACAAAGGCGCAUUAGAGGAAAUUCGUGUAUUGACAUUUGGAUUUUUACAUCAAAUAUUUAUUGAAAAUCCAGAAUUGUUAAAAAGUUUACACUUUGCGGGAUAUUCUAUUGACUUACUUCCUUUGACCACAAAUCCUCAAAAACAAUUAUUUGGAUUAAAUUUAGCAGGACAAUUAUGUGAAGUUUGGCCAAUGACCAAAACAUAUGAAAUAGCAAAAGAUUCUAUGUUACCAACGAUCAAACGAAUAGUUUUAGAAUUGAGGGAGGAUACAUUAAGUAAAGAAGCAAUGCAAAUAUUACCUUUAACAGUUUUGAUAUAUAAUAAAUUUCAAAAUUUACAAAAAGAAGUUGUUAAUCUAUUAAGAGGCAUGUAUAUAUUAUAUCAACAUUAG